AUGGCCACUGGACUCCGACUUGUGACGGAAAGGGCUGGAGAUGACGCCGGAAGUCUAGUCUUAGACGCCGGAAAUGGCGAGGAGCUGAUGCACGUCCAGCAAGGCGUCUCAAUCGUUCUCGGAGACGGCCGCCGCCCACCUGAAUCCCCUGGCACUCUCUACGUCACUACCAAGCGAGUUGUGUGGUUGAGUGACACGGACAGAGCCAAGGGCUAUGCGGUCGACUUUAUCUCAGUUUCUCUGCACGCGGUGUCCAGGGAUCCCGAGGCUUAUCCUUCCCCUUGUAUUUAUACUCAGAUCGAGACUGGCGCUGAGGAAGAUGAAAUGGAAGAUUCGGAUUCUGAGAGUGAUGAUACAUUAGACUUACAGAAAAUAACUGAGAUGAGACUCGUGCCUGCAGAUCCUAAUCAAUUGGAUGAGUUGUUUGCAAUAUUUUGUGAGUGUGCUGAGCUGAAUCCUGAUCCCACAGAAGCAGAGGAAGAAGUUGAACACAAUUGGAUUUUCAGUGCUGAUCAACUGGAAAAUGAUGAUGCAGAGGAUGAUGGCAGAGAAUGGGCUUUCCCUGAAAUCUCAACCCAUACAAUUGGUGCCAAUGGGACUCACGACUUAGCUCAUUCAGUCGUGCAGCUUCGAAUAAAUGAUCAGCGAUUUGACGAUGCAGAGGAAAAGGAGCAGGAAAAUAUGAAUAGUCGUGACUCGUGA